AUGCCGUACAUUCUAUUCCUACACGGAUUCCCUUCCUCGCAUUACGAUUGGCGCUAUCAGAUCCCCUUCUUCGCUGAGCGAGGCUACGGUAUCAUUGCGCCCGAUCUGCUUGGCUAUGGCGGUACGGACAAGCCGACCGACCCUGGGGCGUAUCGGAUGAGGAAGAUGUCAAGAGAAGUCGCCGGCAUAUUGGAUUGUGAAGGCAUUGAGAGUGUUCACGGUGUCGGCCAUGACUGGGGCUCUCCACUACUGUCUCGAAUGGCCAACUACUUUCCAGAACGCUUUCGUAGCUAUACUUUCAUUGAUGUUGGUUACAUUGACCCCUCAACUCAUUUCAACCGCGAGGAGCUCGAAGAAAUCAACGCACAAGGCCUCCAAACUCUAGGAUAUGCCCCCUUUGGGUACUUCUUCUACCAAGCGGACCCAAGCUCAGCAGCCCUCAUUGACAGCCAUUUCGAUUCCUUUUUCACGUUAUGGUAUACUUCAGCGUAUCAGCCCUUGUGGAUAACCGAUCUUACCCCUCUCGGUGCGCUGGAAAGAUGGUUGAAGGCGGAUCGAAGAGCCCCUCUCGGGAACUGGACGACAGAGGAGGAUCGUGAAACUCACCGUAGAAUUUUCAUCGGUAAUGGCGGCUAUCAGGGGGCGUUGAAGUGGUAUACAGUAUCGUUCAAUGGCCUCAACGUCGCGGAAGACAACGCUAUUCCACCCGAACGCGCCCUUCUUGACAAGCCCGUGCUGUUGCUUGCAGCUACCCGGAAUCCGAUCGGAGGUGCUGAUUUCGCCGAGGCCUUGACUCGUCCAUUUGCACCCGAUUUACGUGUCGAGCGACUACCUACAGGCCACUGGAUCCAGCUCGAAGCUGCGUACCAGACUAACGUUUUCCUUGAGAGCUUCUUCUUGGAUGUCAUAGACGGAAGUGGCGCAGAUUAA